AUGGUGUCAAAUGUGGAUUCAUUAGUUGUAACAAAUAGCAAACCACCAGGAGAGGUCCAGACCGUCCUGAACACGGAAAAAUCCUGCAAAGAAAAUGAAGAACAGCCACAGGGCGCACCCAAGAUGGAUGAGGAGCAGCCUCCUGUGGAGCACUCUCCCAAAAAGCAGUCUCCAGAGGAACCAUCUUCCAAGGAGCAGUCCUCAGAGGAGGAGUUCUUUCCCGAGGAGCUCCUUCCCGAGAUGCUGGUAUCCGAGGAGCACCCUCCUCAGGAGCACCUUUCUGGAAGGGACCUUUUUGAAGAGCGCCCUCCCAUGGAGCAGCCUCCUUGUGGAGUGGGAAAACAUAAGCUAGAAGAAGGAAGCUUUAAAGAGAGGCUGGCUCGCUCUCGCCCGCAAUUUAGAGGGGACAUACACGGCAGAAAUUUAAGCAAUGAGGAGAUGAUAAAGGUAGCAGAGGAGAUGGAAGAAAUGAAAAGAGUACACAACAAAUUGAUGGCUAUGCACUGGAAGGCGAGACGGAAUCGUCCUCAUCCUAUUUAA